AUGGCACGCUCAAGCUACAACGAUCGCGGCGAUGGUCGUGAGAUCACAAGCAAGGCUUUUCUGGCACCGUCCAGCACCUUACAAGUCGACCCGCUGGAGGACUUUCCGCUCUUUGCGAAAUUCCCCAUCGAAGUGCGCCGUAUGGUGUUUAGAGAGGCCCUUCCUCGACCUCGAGUCAUCGCUUUUGACAGUUGGCGUGCCAGUGCUGAGGAACUCGAAUUCAUAGGCUCAAUUAAUUCGCGAGAUAUCGAGAACAGGAUCUCAAACGUGGUCGGCCCCAUUACCGAAGUUCAUCUUCCCAAUGCCAUGUUCGUCGUCAACCGCGAGUCUCGAGAAGUUGCGCUGGAUAAUUAUACACUCAUCUCUCUGGCUUCCAAGUACCCAGUCUAG